AGAGGUCAUCGUGCGGAUUCAUUUACCCCCGACGAUGUUAACGAACUUGUCGAAAUAAGAGCGCGUCAGAGGACGUUUAACGGCGCGUAUGCUCGAACAGCGCUCGGAAACUUGGGUUACGCCAUUACGGUGCUUAAGCUCUUUGAUAGGCGGUUCUAUCGUAUUGGACUGCUGUAUACAAUUCUCGCUGGCAUGCUGUUCAUCCUUUCCUAUCUCCGCUCCCGUCACAGUAGACAUGAUUUCUCGGAUCACUACCGCAUAGGAAACUCGCCUUACGAUGGGAUACCAAUCAUAAAGACCGUAGGCCAAACUGGAAAACGAAUAUUUGGCCGUCCAUUUAUUACUGCUGGAUGGAUCGUGUUGGCUGUUUCUCUUGUUGUCUUGGCGGUCGAGGCGGCAUUGUUUGCUCUUAUUUUGAAGCUUUGA